GCUCAAGUUGCAUCUUGUCUUGCCCCGCCUACGUCAUGUCAUCCCAAAAGACAGCCCAUCCUCAGGAAGUGAAAGAGAAACAGAAGAAUUCAGUCAAGAGAUGUAAUAUAUGUAGAAAAAAUAAGAAGAAGUGUCAUUUCAGUAACAACGAGUCGGAGAGGUGUGACUAUUGCAAGCAGAACAACCUUGAAUGCUCUGAAAAGACAUUCGCGCGCGAGGCUCGCAAGGAUAUCACUUUCCAGACUUUGGUCAAAUUCCUCGAGGUGCAGAAUAAUUCCGAAGGGUUGUCACAAUUACACAUUGCAGCUAUACUCGGCAACUUAGAAAUCUUGCAGGCGGCACAUAAAGUCAACCCGGAGGCUAUCAAUGGCAAGGAUAAGGAUGGCCGAACACCACUUUGGCAUGCACGCGACAAGGGCAACCUGGAUGCUGUGAGAUGUCUAGAGUUGGCCGGGGCAAAGACGGAUGUCAUAAUAAAGGCCAGCGAUGAUCAAAAGAACGAUCACCCAAAUGUUCCUGGAAAGCAGGCACUCACAACUCUGCCUGAAAGACCUAAAGUCAGCCCAAAGGAGACUGGGAGCACUACCGGAAGCCCCACAUCGAAGAAGUCGAGCAAGUCAAGCAGAUCGAGCAGCACACGUAGCUAUAGCGAGUUCUUCAACUUAGACUUCGACUUCGACUUCGACGAAUACUAUGCAAAUAGGCCACCUAUUUUCACCACCACUGAGGAUAAAAUGAUUGACCACUUAACCUUUACUCUCGAAGACGAGGGUACUGGCGACCAUGUCAAGACUAAGAAACGCACGAACAGCACCCGGUCUCGAAGCGAGAGGAGCAGAAGAUCAAGCAGAAGAGGCAAGAGGUCUAAAGGAGGUUCUUGA